GUGUAAAAUCACCUGAAAAUAAGAACCGUUGGGUUUUCGUUAGCUUAGAGUGAGCCGUUUUAUAUUGGCAUGGAGCCGGCCGCCAUUUCUUUUUUUUUUUUUUUACAGUAGACCAUAGCGAACAAACCAAACACUGGCUUUAGAUACAGCUGUUUGCAUUUUUCGCAUUGGCCACUGUAGUUCUCGCACACGUUUGGCACACAGGGGAAGUUUCAGUUGGUGGCAAUCUGCAACCUCACCACUAGAUGCCACCAGACACUACACACUACACCUUUAAUGGUGAUAUCUAUUAGUUCAUCUUUUACCCUGUUCACCUGUAGUGUCUUCAAAAUGUCUGUCAUUUUACAAAACAUAUCUGUAAAGGCUGUUUUCUCAAAAAUGACUGAUCCAUAAAUAUUUUCCCGUAGUAAGAAACCUUAUGUGCACAUUUCUUCAAUCAGAAUUUUCAUUUUCAUUAAUUUUUAGGUAUUUGAGACCGAAAUUUAAGAGAAAACUACAUAAACAAGCUUGAAUAAGACCCAGUGAUAACACACAUUAACAAGAAAUUGGUAACUAAAUGCUGACUUUGGUUCUUUGGGGAGUGAAUGAGUAAGUGUGUGAGGGAGAGAGGCAGGGAGAGAGGCAGAGGAAAAAGCAGCAGGAUAGUGAGCAGAGUGACAGACAGAGGGAGGAGGGAGGACAGGCGGAGUGCUCCAUCUCUCCGUCUGCCCCCCCGGUCCUACCUGGCCAUGUCAUCCGGCCUGCGCAGGAAGUGGAGGCGCGCGGUGCAAGCGCUGAGGACUCUCCGUGGGACGGGAGCAGCAGCAGCAGGAGGUGGAGGAGGAGGAGGAGAUGCUGUGAGUCUGCUGUUAUUUUUAGUCUCUCCUCCCUCCCAGGGCUACGUGGGCUAAUCCGCCGCCGCUCAGGCUUAUCCAGAUUGGAGGUAGGACACAGAGGCAGGGAGGUUAAGCAGUUGCUCCCGUGGGACGUCGACUUUUAGCCGGCUGUUGCGAGUCUAAAUUGCCCACACUGAGCAUGCCGGAGCAGGACCGCGCUAGUCAGGGCUGUGGGUUUGACGGGGCAGGGGCACCCGAGGCGGUGAGGCACUGAGGAGGAGGAGGAGGGCUUCUCUGCGCCGGCCAUGAGUCUGGAGUGGCUGCCGACCAGCUGCUGCGCCGGCUACCCCAGCUGGCACCGGUGCAGGCCGGCCGAGAAGGGCGCGAUCGCGGCCUCGGACGGCCACGGGGAAGGGGGAGUCGGCGGCGGCGGUGGGGGGACCGGGAUCCAGCUGAGGGGGCUGGACACGGAACUGCUGAAGGGCAGCCUGGUGGUCUUCUACGCACCUGCUGGGAACUCCUGUCUGCUCAGAUUGGGCUCAGGGAUGGAAGAGAUGGUCUGGGAGCAGUACACAGUCAAUCUGCAGCGGGACUCUAAGAUGGGUUUCGGCAUCGCCGUGUCAGGUGGGCGCGACAACCCCAACGUGGACAGCGGCGAGACGUCAAUCAUCGUGUCCGACGUGCUGCAGGGAGGACCAGCAGAUGGAUACCUCUAUGAGAAUGAUCGUGUCAUUCAGGUCAACUCCAUCCCCAUGGACAAUGUGCCUCAUUCCUUUGCUGUGCAGUCGCUCCGUAAAUGUGGUAAAGUGGCUAAAAUAACGGUGAAGAGACCUCGCAAGGUCCACUCAAUGCCCCCCUCCCCGGACGGAGACAGUCGGAUAUACACCCCCUCCAACUUCUACUACGACGCCGACAACGACAACGGCUGGUACCGGGACCAGACCUCGAACAGCAAAGCAUACCUGGACCCCGACUACAGGGGAGGGCGGGACUCAAACCAGAGAGGGAGGAGCCGGGGGAGGAGCCAGGAGAGGACCUCGCCCAGCCCCGACCGAGCCAAGAGAGAUGGCAGCCGGGGGCGAGCCCUGGACACCAGCGCCGACCGCCAGCGGUACCACAGCCGAGGCCGCAGCCCCGGGGAAAGCAACCGCACGGAGGAGAAGUACGAGCGAGGAGAAGGAGGAGGAGGAAAAGGAGGGAGGUAUAAGAGCAGGGACCAGCUCAACGACAACCCUCCAUCCCCAGAACCCUCCAGAGAGCUGGAGCCUCUGGAGAAACCGGUCAACGUCCUGCUGGUGAAGAACAGACCCACCGAAGAGUACGGUCUACGUCUGGGCAGUCAGAUCUUCAUCAAACAGAUGACCAGCACAGGCCUGGCUGCCAAGGACGGGAACCUGCAGGAGGGAGACAUCAUUCUCAAGAUCAAUGGGACGGUGACAGAGAACCUCUCUCUGCACGACGCCGGGAAGCUGAUAGAGAAGUCGAGAGGGAAGCUGCAGCUGGUGGUCCAGAGGGACCACCGUCACAUCCUCGUCCGCAUCCCGCCCCUCGCAGACUCCGACUCAGACAACGACGGUGAGUCACCGGACGUGUGGCCUGACCGACAUGACGUGUCAGAGAUGGAGUCAUACCAUUCCUAUUCUCCCCCAGAGGAGAGGAGGUCCCGCCAGUCUGACCUGUCCUCUCACUCCUCUAACGAAAGAGACAACCCCAGCAGGGAGGAGCCCAUGAGGACAGCCAAGAUGUCAGCCAUGGCCUCCCCAUUCAGAGUACCUGAAGACCCCCAGGCCUCAGCUGAGCUGAGCAAAGGCACGCCGCUCAUUGAGGAGCCUCCAGCCGCUGUAACAACCACGCCCAAGAUUCUCCUCCGACCAAGUCCUGAAGAUGAAAAAAUAUAUGGGCCGAACACAGUGAUGGUGAAUUUCCAGAAGGGGGACAGCGUCGGGCUGAGGCUAGCAGGAGGAAACGAUGCUGGCAUCUUCAUCGCUAGUGUUCAAGAGUGUAGUCCUGCCGAGGAAGAGGGCCUGCACAUCGGAGAUCAAAUCCUAAAGGUGAACAAUGUGGACUUCCAAGGUGUAGUGAGAGAGGAAGCGGUGCUCUUCCUAUUGGAGAUCCCUAAAGGGGAAGUGGUCACCAUCCUGGCACAGAGCAAACCUGAUGUCUACAAUGACAUCUUGGUGUCCGGGCGCGGAGACUCCUUCUUCAUCCGGACCCACUUUGAGUAUGAGAAAGAGACCCCUCAGUGCCUGGCCUUCAGCCGGGGGGACAUCUUCAAGGUGGUGGACACCCUUUACGACGGCAAGCUCGGCAACUGGCUGGCGAUCCGUGUUGGCAAAGACAAGCAGCUGCUGGAGAAGGGCAUCAUCCCCAACAAGAGCAGAGCGGAGCAGAUGGCCAGUGUCCAGAGCUCUCAUAAAGCUGCUGCGGGCGAUCGAGCGGACUUCUGGCGGUUACGAGGCCAACGUUCUUUGAAGAGGAAGGACCUGAGGAAGAGCAGAGAAAACCUGAGCAGUCAGACACUGGCCACGCGCUUCCCAGCGUACGAGCGAGUGGUGCUCCGAGAAGCUGGUUUCCGGCGUCCCGUAGUGCUGUUCGGCCCCAUCGCCGACGCUGCCAAUGAGAAACUGGCCUCCGAGAUGCCCGACCUGUUUGUUGUUGCCAAAACUGAGCCGAAAGACGCUGGAUCUGAGAAGUCCUCGGGAGUGGUUCGCCUGAACACCAUCCGACAAAUCAUCGAGCAGGACAAGCACGCCCUGCUGGACGUGACGCCCAAGGCGGUGGACACCCUGAACUACACCCAGUGGUACCCCAUCGUCAUCUUCUUCAACCCAGACAGCAAGCACGGCAUCAAGGCCAUGAGACAGAGGAUCGUCCCCAACUCCAACCGCAGCGCCCGCAAGCUCUACGAACAGGCCGUCAAACUGAGGAAGACUUGCUCGCACCUAUUCACCGCCACCAUUGAUCUGAACUCGGCUAACGACGCUUGGUACGGCGGCGUCAAAGACUCCAUCAGAGAGCAGCAGAUGCAGGCUGUGUGGGUUUCUGACGGCAAGCCGGAGGGAGUAGAGAGUGAUCUGGACUGCCAGGACGUGGAGCGCCUGUCCUUCCUGUCCGCCAUGUCCGCCGACUACCUGAGCAUGGACAGCCGGCUGACCUCCGACCUCGACGACACUGCCGACGAGGGCGGCACCUACACCGACAACGAGCCCGACGUGGAGAUGGUGCACAUCUCUGCCAUCAGCCGCUCGUCGGAGCCCGUCACGGCCGAGGAGAUCUUGCGCAGGUACAGUCCAGACAUCAGGAGUCGCAUGAGGAAAAUUAGCAGCCGUGAAGUCCUCAACAGGUCCAGCCCUCCACCUGUGUUCUUGGCAGACAGCAAGGUCAAACUGUCUCUGAGGGACGAUCCGAUCCUCGUGACGGGCUCCGCCAACCCGCACCGUCACCACCACCCUCCGCCCCCCGGCUCCAGCCGAAGUUACGACUCCCCCUCCAGCAGCAGCCCCGCCAGCAGCAACAACGACCCUCCCCCCCUCAUCUCCCGUUCUUCCGCCGCUUCCUUGGCCCCGUCGCCGGCUCACCACUUCAGCCCCUGCGGCAAACUGUGGCCCCCGGGAGCGCUCCAACCCCCCGCCGUGCCCAAGCCCGGCGGUUGCGGGACCGUGGCGGAAUCUGCAGUUCGCUCGCCUGCGGCUCUGCCCGGUGCAACCUUGGCAGCCUGUAAGCAGCAGCAGCAGGAGGCAGCGAGGGACAACCCCGUGGACGAUCCGUCCUUGAGGUCCUUCCUGGGGAAGAUCAAGGCCUUCGAGAAGAUGGACCACUUCGCCCGAGCCCAGAGGUUGCUGGAACUACAGGAGGCCCAGAACGCCAGGCUGGAAAUUGCUCAGAAGCAUCCAGACAUCUAUGCUGUUCCUCUGAAGACAGCCAAGCUGGAUCACGGUCGCCCGCAGCCUAUCGGCUCCAGCUCCCGUCCUGAACCCCAGACUCCUCAAACCUCCAAGGAGGGACGUCCCUUCUACCCCAACGAAGAGGAGGCGCAGGAUGAGGAGGCAGUGCCGGGAUACUACACCGCCAACUCCUUCCAGUACCAGGACACCCAGCUGUAGGGGUUGGCACACGGCAGCUGUGCCGGCCCUCGGCCUUCCUGGACGUACAUGUACUCAUGCACUGCAUAUGCAGUCUAUUUACACACAUGCCAUCCAUCAUGCCCUACACAAGCAAGCUGCUGACUUUGAACCGACUCUCGCUUCUUUGAUAUUGAGGAGAAGGGGGGGGACUAAUUUGUUGUUUGCCUCAUGGAAGUUAAAGCAAUCUACUAUCCAUUUGGAUAGGCACACACUGUCUUCACUUUACUUUUUCUGGUGUAUUUGAUUGUUUUCUUUCUUACGUACGACUUUUGAUGGUCCGAACUGAGUGAUUAUGAACCACUUGUUGUCUUGCCUAUGCAACUCUUCAGUUUGUGCACAGCGACUGAAACUUAUUGCCACGAGUUUUGCCCUCACAAAAACCUCAACAAACCUAAAAACCACAAUGCGCUUUAUCACAUCCACCCCCUUCUUUUUUUAAGCUCCUAUAUUGCCAGCUACGAUCAACAAAUGUUACAUAUAUAUUAUUACAUACAGCAUAUAUAUAUAUAUAUAUAAAAAGUCAAGUGUUUAUACUCUGUCUUUGCAUUCCUUCAUAUAUGAAAAUGCCUGUGUAUACAUACAGUAUAUAUCUAUAUCUAUAUAUAGUCUAUCUAGUAACACUGGAAAUUUGUUACAAUUUUUUGAAGUGCCUUUUACUUUCUUAGUCCCGUGAGGUUCGGGUUGUCUUUCCUCCGCCCCUCAGCCGCCCAGCCGUAAUAAAUCCUCUGCUGCUGUCAAGCUUAAAGGGAAACCAGGGAACCAAUGACACCAAAAUCUCAAUGCUGUCCCCAAACACUGUACUGUCCGCUGUCACCUCCGGUGACAAAACACACCCACAGAAAAAUACACACCCUGCAUUCAGUCCUAUCUGCCAUGUGUGAGAAAGAGCAAACACUGUCUGUCCUCUAAGAAUCCAAUCAAGAACAAUAUCGCUCUAAAACCGGUAACAACAGAAACUGAGAUAAUUAGAGAAGGUCUGGUCACGCCCAGAAAUAAAACAGCUCAAAUCUGUGGCAAAAUGAAUUACUUUUAAUGGAACCUCGGUGGGUUAGCUUGCUGGGGCAAAGUCACUAUUUGGCAUCAAGUUCAAUUUUGGGUGAACUUUGACACGGGUCAUUAACCUUUAGUGAAUUCAGAGAUCAGAGUCCAAAAACAAAGGAAGCUAUCGGAGCUCAAUGGCUGUGUGCAAGGUUAAACUCCUCCACAACAUUUGUUUACUAGGACGCGCAAUGAUAUUUGCCGUGCCGCUCUCUGGCGUGACCGGGCCUUAAGAUUUAUUCUUCUCAUUGACGCUGUCUUUGAUGCUCAGCGUUCAUUGCUGUGCCGUUCUUGCACUACACCUCCCAGCCAUAAAGGAUUUUCCAGUCUGAACUGUGUGGCCAAUGGCGUAAUGUCUUUUGCCUUGGAAUGUUUUGUUGGUUAAGUUUCUGCAGUUGGUGCCCUCUUCUGUCUAUACAACCAUGGUGGCUGUCACGGCCCAUGCUAAUAACCCUGUUACAUGAUAAGGUUGGUGAUGUUCUAUAUUCUUCUUACUGUCAGCAAAUCCCAUGUGCAGACCCCAACCAACAAUGAAUGUAUCUGCUAACAUGUAUUAUGCGAGUAUCCAACACCGGGCAUAUCUUGUUCCUCUGUGCCAUAGAGAUCCCUUGUUGUCCAAAACGAUUGGAGACUAGACACUAACACUAAAAGUGGAUUCAUCCGCUGCUGAAGAUAGUCCCCAACAAAUGCACAAUUUCCUCCUGUUUGAGUAACAUUUGUUAAAAACUACAGUGUUCAGCUGUUUGAGG